AUGGCUCAAGUGCCCUCAGUCGCCACACUUGAUCCAGACUCAAAAUCUCUACUCAGUAGGCUAAACUUACGACUCAAUGACAUCGACUUGAAGCUCAGCAUUGUACUCGAAUUACUCGCUACAAGGCUACCUGAUCAACGGUUUGUCUUCAUCCAUGUAAUCUCCAGCGCACUCACAAGUAUAUUCGCCUCUUUGCCACAAACAGUUAUAUCUGAGACUCCAUCGCAAACAUUCACAACUCUGGGGCGAAAUUCCACUUCCGAUAAAGCAAAAUCUCCUAAGGUGGAAUGCAAAGAUGACUCAGAUGAAGAUCUCGACAUGGAAGGCGAUAAUGAAAAUGACGCUGAGGAAGAUUUUUGCGAACAGGAUCAACAAAGCGACAGCGCACCUAAAGAGAACGAUGAAAGAUCGCAGUUGUCUGAUGGUCCUUUCCCUGAAGGGGCAGUGAAAAGAGCUGCAGAAAAGGCUGCUCGAAGCUUCCAGAGCACACAACCUAAGGUGUUUGCAUGGCAAAUACUUCGCGAGUCAGUGACCGAUGAGGAGCUGCGCAAUGUGCAAAUCAGCCUCCGUACUUUUCACGGAGAAACUGCUUCUCAUCUUCUCAGUAGGCAGCUUCCGAAGAUUCGCCUAGUCGUGGAAGCCACGAUGCGAUAUUUUAAAUGGGAUGCACUUCCAGAAGAAAACCAACUAAGCAAGGCAAAACUUAUUCUCAGUCAUCUGAAAAAUAACGCCAAGGUUAGAAACUGGACCUUACGUGAAGGAAGACCAAACAGGGUAACUGCCAACAUGACGAAUAUGGAUAUGGUUUGGAAAAGAUACACAGCAUUGUUAGGCCCGGGUGGGCUUGCUGCUGCAGGUCUCCUUCCUAUGCUACCUUCAUUGGGUGGACAACCUUUGUAA